UGUGAUUGUGUUUGUGUGAUGCGAGAUUGCGCUAAAUAUAAUUAUUUUUUCGGCUUGAUAAAUAUCUUUUCUAGCUUUCACAUAAAAGCUAUUAUUCUACUAUGUUUUUGUAUCCUAGGUAUAAUGGAUGAACCAACAACGUCAGCAUCAGAUUUGAACACAGAAAACCUAAAUAUAACCUGCAUGGAACACCAAGACAUAAUUGAUAUAACAGACACAGAAAAUGAAGAAAACACAGAUAUACUGAUAACAUUUAAGGAUUAUGAUGACUUUGACUUCAUCAGGGAUAAUUUAAAGAAUGUUCUAUACUGUCCACAAUUCUGUGGGACCUGUCUUGUGGCUGGAGAUGACUUGAGUCCUGUCGGAGUGGAGUUGGAGGUGGUUACGCACAAGGGCACUGAAGUUAGAGCACUGGAAGAUAUUGUCAGCUAUGUUUUUAAUAAAAGUGUCAAAAACAUCCUAGCCAGCUCAUACAUGUGUGACAAAUGCAUCGACAAGGUCUUACCAUCAUACAUCUUCAUAUGCAACACCCGACACUCAUACAAAGUCAUCAACAACUGCAUAAAUGAGUUGAACUUUAAAGUCGUCAAUGCUAUACAACAGUUAAACCCAGUAGAAGAUUAUGAAAACUCUGAAGUUCUUAUAAUUUUAGAGAAUGUUGAAACACCAUAUCUUGAAUAUACGGCUAAGGAAUCUAGAGUCAAAAGUAAUACAGUUACUGUCAAAAAGAAAAAAUAUAAAAAGAAGACUUAUAGAAAACCAGCAGGUUACCGGUGUGUUGAAUGUAACAUAAUAGUUCAAACUUUCAAAGAAUGGAAACAACAUGAAAGAGAUUUUCAUGAAAAACCUCAAAUACAGUGUCAAAUUUGUAACAAAGUUUUAAGCACAGAGCAGAGUCUUAAAAUUCAUUAUAAAACACAUGCUAUGAUGAAAUGCAAGAUUUGUAAUUUACUAGUUCCAGAUGGAGAUUUAAACGAACAUUUUAGAUUGAACCAUGAGGAUGACAAGAAAACUUGUCAUAUUUGUAAUCUAGCUUUUUAUACCAACAGCGAAAUUAAUUCGCAUAUGAACAUAAGCCAUCCUAAUGCUGACGAUCCGGAUCCAGAAAAUACUAAGUCACAAUGCUUGCUGUGUCUUAAACAUUAUGAAGGUGAAGAGUUAAAUGAACAUAAAUGUAAAUUCAAGUGUUCUGAAUGCUCAGAAAUACCUUGUAUUCACCACAAAUAUUUAAUAUCUUAUAGGGAGCAAAUAAAAGCCAGGGCGUCCAAGAUAAAAUGUAUGGAUUGCGACUAUGUGUGCCAUAAGAAAGAUUUUCUCAUCGGACAUGCAAAUCGAGAGCAUUUGGAUCACAUAUCAUUUGCUUGUGAUAUUUGUGGGCAACGUUUCUACUCCAAAGUAGGUUUAAGAGGGCAUAUCUAUCAGUUCCAUACAGAAAGUUACGUAUGUGAAUAUUGCGAUCAGGAAUUCAAGGGGAGUACAAGUUACUACGAAAAUCAUAAGAAGCAAUGUGCACUAAAUAAAAGAGAAUUUAAAUGUAAUGAAUGUCCAGCCUCAUUUGACAGUUUUAAAUUCCUCACUAACCACAACAAGAGAAGGCAUAUCCAAGAAAUAUACCCUUGUAAUUUAUGUACGAAAACAUUUUUAACUGAUGGAAAAUUAAAAGAACAUACAGUUAAAGUACAUAGCGGUUUGCAGAAUAGAAAUAGGAGAUCCUUUACAGAUUGUGUUAUUUGUGAAAAGAAAUUUGAUACUAGAGCCGACUUAAAACGGCAUAUUAGAACGCAUGGACCGAACGCUAAAUUCCCUUGCCGAACUUGUAAUAUAGAGUUUGAUACGUUAAAGAAAUUACAUGUACAUAGGCGAAAGCAUGUGAAGUCCUAUUGCGAACGGGUGCAAUGUAAUGUAUGUAACAUGGAGUUACAGGCGGCAUGCCUAUCCCAGCAUAUGCUAAGACACGCUGUAGAGUCCGGAGAAGCCCCAGCAUAUAGCUGUGAUAUAUGCAGUAAGACAUGUUCCUCUCAAGUGUAUCUCCGGUAUCAUAAGCAAAGCCACAUGAAACCAACACCUUGUCCAAUUUGUGAGAAGUUGAUUAAGCCAGCUGGUUUACAGAAACAUAUCAAAUACCAUUCGUACAAAGAUGAUCCCGUUAUGAGGGAAAAAAUGAAACGUAGAUAUAAAUGUGAGGUUUGUGACUAUAUGGCUUCAGAUCCUAGUAUAUUAGAGGCUCAUGUAAACCGUCACCAUUUAAAAGUAAAGCCAUACAUAUGUUCAGUUUGCGAAAAAGAUUUCUGCGGUAAACUACAACUGACUAGACAUAUGGAUACUCAUUAUGUGACUAAGAAUUAUAGUUGUGAAGUUUGUGAUAAGAAAUUUUCGAAUAAAAUCUGUUUACGAAUGCAUUUAAGAUUACACACUGGUGAACGACCAUAUUACUGCGAAAUAUGCGCAGAAAGUUUCAUUUCAGCGAGCGCUUUGAAAACACAUAGAAUCAAACGGCAUUCUGAAAAGUCUAUACCAUGUCCAUUUUGUGACAGAAUGUUUUACAUAGCUGUGGAGAUGAGGCAGCAUUUCAAGAAGUUUCAUUGGCCGCAUAAGGAUAGGAAAUUUGACCAUAGAGAGGUAGAGGGAUUAGGGAAGGAGUAUUAUCAUCUCUUUGAGGAUGGAAGGAGGCCGCGGUUGGAUGAUGAUGAUGAUGGUACUAGUAACGUCAUUAUUGAGGAGGUCAAUGAGUAGAGAAUUUAAUUAGGCCUCCCUUAAAAAGUAUCACGGCCGAUCGUGCGUCAUCUUCUGGAUCCCUGCGACCUUGACAAGGUCGUUGAUAUACCUCGUUGGGAUCCUUCUAACUUAUCUUCAGUGUUGCAAAUUGGCGAAGUAAUCCUAAAAAAAUAAGUAAGCACAGUCAUGCUCACUCCAUACAUCAGUUUUGUUACCAAAACGACUAUUAUUUUCGCAGUCGACAUCUAGCGUCAAGUAGCGGAAUUAUCAGUACUGCUACUCGACAAUAGAUGUCGCGACGAACAAAAAAUUCUAUUGCUUAUUUUCUGCUAAUAUUAUAACCGGAUUAACCGGAACUCUAUUUUCAACUCCUGCUUGUAAUAUUAGUUGUAAAUUGUUGAGCAAUAAUUUUUUCUUCAGUGUGUCGACGUGACAUCUAGUGUCGAGUAGCAGUACUGAUAAUUCCGCUACUUGACGCUAGGUUUCGACUACGAAAAUAAUACUCGUUUUGGUAACAAAACUGAUGUAUAGAGUGAGCACUCUAUGCUUACUUGUUUAUCUAUGGUAUUAUUGAAGUGCUGGAUGCUUUUAAAGCAUGGGCAACGCAUAUAAGUACAUAAAUAUGUACAAAUGUACAGAGGGACUACUCCGAAAAACGAAAAUCUAAAUUUCGUUAUCUACAUUCCUCGCUCAAAAUAGCAAGAGUAAAGAGGCAGAUUACGAUUUUCGCGAUAGGCUUUCGCUAGAGGUGCUAGCUUCCAUAAGGGCCCACCAAACUCGUUCGUGAAUCGCGGCGCGAAGCCGCGAACGCGAGUGUGGAGUCUAUUUCGCAGAUCUGACGCCCACGGAGCGGGCUAUAGGUUACAGUCUUACAGUGACUGCUUACCAUCAAGCUUACGCUUUUUGUGAUCAAAUCUUUUUUAUUGUAAUAUAAAUAAUGAAAUGUGUGAUGUUUCAUUUUAAAUCAGGAACAGAUAAACUGUAAAAUAUAAUGAAAUCAUGUAUGUGGUUAUUUUCCAUGGUUAUAAAAAAUUGCAAAUGC